GCGGCGGCGGGCGGCUGCAAGGAGCGGCCGGUGGCGGCGGCGGCGGCGGCGGCGGCCGGUGGCGGCGGCGGCGGCCAUGGCGGCGGCGGAGGCCGGCGGUGACGACGCCCGCUGCGUGCGGCUGAGCGCCGAGCGGGCCCAGGCGCUGCUGGCCGACGUGGACACGCUGCUGUUCGACUGCGACGGCGUGCUGUGGCGCGGCGAGACGGCCGUGCCCGGCGCGCCCGAGGCCCUGUCGGCGCUGCGGGCCCGCGGCAAGCGCCUCGGCUUCAUCACCAACAACAGCAGCAAGACCCGCGAGGCCUACGCCGAGAAGCUGCGGCGCCUGGGCUUCGGCGGCCCCCCGGGGCCCGGCGCCGGCCUCGAGGUCUUCGGCACGGCCUACUGCACCGCGCUCUACCUACGCCAGCGCCUGGCGGGCGCACCGGCCCCCAAGGCCUACGUGCUGGGCAGCGAAGCCCUGGCCACCGAGCUGGAGGCCGUGGGCGUCGCCAGCGUGGGCGUGGGGCCCGAGCCGCUGCUGGGUGACAGCCCCGGCGCCUGGCUGGACGCGCCGCUUGAUCCAGACGUGCGCGCCGUCGUAGUGGGCUUUGACCCACACUUCAGCUACAUGAAGCUCACCAAGGCGGUGCGCUAUCUACAGCAGCCCGGCUGCUUGCUCGUGGGCACCAACAUGGACAACCGGCUCCCGCUCGAGAACGGCCGCUUCAUCGCGGGUACCGGCUGUCUGGUCCGAGCCGUGGAGAUGGCCACCCAGCGCCAGGCCGACAUCAUAGGGAAGCCCAGCCGCUUCAUAUUCGACUGCGUGUCCCAGGAGUACGGCAUCAACCCAGAGCGCACCGUCAUGGUGGGAGACCGCCUGGACACGGACAUCCUCCUGGGCGUCACCUGUGGCCUGAAGACCAUCCUGACGCUCACCGGCGUUUCCACUCUAGGGGAUGUGAAGAGUAAUCAGGAAAGUGACUGCAUGUCUAAGAAGAAAAUGGUCCCUGACUUCUAUGUUGACAGCAUAGCUGACCUUUUGCCUGCUCUUCAAGGUUAAAGAUUUAGUGUCUUUAAUCUCCAGAAUAAAAUGAAUUGAAAACCA